AAGCUUCCGGGGGGCCUCCGAGGAGUGCUGCUGCGGUGCCCCCACGCGCGCACUCUCAGUCCCACGUUCCCGCGACACUUUGGCUGUCUCUGUUGUGGUUCAAAGUAGUCUCAGAGCGUGAAAACUCGCUCUGCUUCAAGUGUUGCCAAAUCCAAUGCCAGCUGCAACCUCAGGGUUUCCACACGUCAGCGAUGCCAUUUCUGUCCUGGGAAGCCCCGUAGGAUGCGGCCCACCCUUGCCUUCCACGGGCUCCUGGGCCGACGUGCGCCCUCCCCUGCCUUCCCUGUGCCCUCUUCGUGUCCUGUCCGCACCCCGGCGCUUCUUCGACAAGAUGAGUGCCGUCGCCACUGCCAUCCUCCACGGCACUUCCGGUUUCUCCCACGCCCCUGCUUCACCUCCCUGGGCCGAGGUCUGCGGUUACGCCCUAGAGCCCACCUCCCCGUUAGUGGGGUUUGGUUUCCAGAAGCAUCCUUCCCAUUGGCCGGUACUUCCAUCCAAAUGUUGUUUUCACGCAGGAAUCGUGUCGUUCGUAACACGGUGCCUUUCUGUGCUCCAACCCCCGGGGUGCUGGCCUCGCCGUCCAUGUGGGAUGGUCUCUGUGGUCCCCCAGGGGUCUCACUGAUCAGGUAAGCCCUGCCUGGCCCCACACCCUGAGAAGAGGGGCAGAAAUCCGCCCUAAUGAGGCAAAGUCCCCAGGACCCUCGGCUCUGCCAGGGGCGGCUGUGAUGUGGCUCACCUUCUCCAACAGCCGGACACCUGGCCAGAAGUGGCCACGGCUCCCUCCCAGCCCCUCAGCUCGACCUGGGUGUCCCCAGAGUGCCCAGAGACCCCAGAAGCCCCUUAGUCAGCAGGCCUUUGUUCUGCAGCAGGAACGCGGUCUCUUGUUCUGUCCUCAAGGGAAACUCGCAGAAGAUUCCCUGAGGAUUUCGGCACACAAAAGUGUCGCAUUGUCACAGGGUCUGCUUUUCCUGCAAUCUUUUCCUCGGUUUCCCUGGGGGUGGGGGUGACCCUCCUCCCGUCUUGCAGAUGGAUCUGUGCGGCCGGAGCCAGAGAGGGGCCCUGCGGGAAGCCAGCAGGAAGCAGGCCUCGCCCCGCCGCUGGUCCAGAGUGAAUGGCUGGUCGUGGCCCCUGCACACCUUCCAGGCGGUGGCCUGGACCAUGCUGUUCAUCUUGGCCUUCGCCAACUUCGGUAUCUUCGUCCCCUUGCUGCCGCCUAACUGGAACUUGGUCAUCUAUGGUGUGACGGGUGGGCUUUUCUGUUUCCACUUCAUGGUCCACUUGCUUGCAAUUUCCAUCGAUCCUGCUGAAACCAACGUACGGCUCAAGAACUACUCGGAGCCCGUACCCACCUUCGACCCAUCCAAACAGCAUGUCAUCGAGAACCAAUAUUGCCACCUGUGUGAGGUCACUGUGAACAAGAAGGCUAAACACUGUAGGGCCUGCAACAAGUGUGUAUCUGACUUUGACCACCACUGCAAAUGGCUUAACAACUGUGUAGGGGGCAGGAAUUACAGAUAUUUCUUCUGCUCCUUGGUCUCUGCCUCGGCCAGCCUGCUCUGCCUGAUCACCAUCCUGCUGUACAUCUUCAUCCAGUACUUUGUCAACCCGGAGGUGCUGCGCACUCAUCCCCUCUAUGAAGACGUCUCCAAGGACACUUGGCUGCUGUUCCUUCCUUUGUUCCCUGUAAAGACGAAGACCCUGGUGGUCCUGGGCAUUGGGGUGUUCGUCCUGCUGCUGUCCGCCCUCAGCCUCCUGCUACUUGGACACCUGCUCAUUUUCCACCUCUUCUUAAUGUUCAAGAAGUUGAGCACGUAUGAGUAUGUGACACAGAACCGCUGUCAAAAGACUCCAAAAGUUCCAGCAGGGAGGAAAGAGCUGUCCUUCAAAAUAAGCAUGCCACAGAGAGCAGCGCAAGGAGACCCCGCCGCAGCCGAGGUGUCCGGGUCUGUGUCCCACCAUCGCCACGUGCCGGGAGAGCUCCCCACUGCAGGCAGCCACGGGUGACCUGCAAUCACCCUCACACAGGUAGGUUGUAAGCUUCCCGGACUGCUUCUCUCUGAAUGAAAACGGCUACGCGCUCUUAAGCCGAGUGCUUUGGAAAGUGACUCACGUCUGAUGGGGUAUUUUGAAAUCAUGUGACAACACAGUAGGAAAUAUCGCUGUUUCGCGUAGCAGUGCCACGUACAGCUACGCAGGGACCUCUUGCGCUCCACGUGCUUGGGGAAAUGCAGUAAUUGUCUCCCUGCGGACGACUCGCAUCUCAAGCAGCACGGCAGCGGCAGCGCUCAUAUCUUCUGUGUGUCGGUCGGAGAACGUGUGGGGAGCAGGUCCCAGCCUCCUUUCUGUGACCUCCGAUAAUACGUAGUUGCCCGUCGCUCCUGAGCCAUGCCUGCUCAUUCUGAGCCCGCGAGGAAUCACACAGAGGACAGCCCUGCACGCGCACACGCACCCAAAGUGCACCCCUGCAAAGUCACAGAAGCAGAAAGUGGCCCAUUAUGAAGGUCACGACCCAGGGUGAGCACACAUUUUAAAACGUGCACUUGGUCUCCACUUUGAAAUCGUACCAGUGUGGAGAGUCACCUCGGAACACAGAGAAACGAGAAAUGUGCUCACGUUAGGGGGAGGGCCUCCAUCUGCCAGGGCUGCCCUGACGAAGGACCACAAAACAGCUGGCUUAAAAAGCAGAAACGUACUGUCUCACUGCUCUGGAGGCUGGAGCCGGCCUCACCUCGACGUGUCCCCAGUCACAGGACCUGCGCUUGGCUUCUCUCCCUGGCUCGUACCUGAUGCUGCUUUCCCUUUGUCUCUUCAAUUUUCCCAUUUUGCCCCUUUCUGGCAAGAAUGAUUGAAAAUUAACGAACCAUGAGGGCCUGCCUGCCCUCUUGCACGGACGCGGCCGUCGGGCUGAGGGCCUGUCUUCUU